AUGUCAGGAAAAGUCUUCAAAAUCGUCAGCUCCCUUGAUUCGCGUCUGAAGCAAGGAGCGGCCAGCUUGACCACAGUCAACUUCGCCAAGAGUGGCAUCGUCUUCGGCUUCAACACUGCCGGUCAACCUAAUGAGAGCUACGUUCUUGGAUGUGCCGCCAGCGAGGAUGACCUCCCUGCCGGCACUACGAUGCUGGGGGCAUUCUUUCUAGGCGAAGGCCACGACGAGGCGAGCAUCAUUGAGCACUGUGCAGCUCUUGCAAAGAGCAAAAAGUCCGGCAAACUGCUGGUGCUUCAAGCGCUGAGUGAAACGCCCGAAACGGUCAAAGCCCAAACGUAUGAUAUCAAGUCAAAGAAGCUGGCAGAGUGCAGCUCAGAGAUUGUUGACUCACAGGAGGUGAUGGGCAGUCUGGUGGACGUCUCGCUGGACGCUGCUCUCCGCCUCAAGGUCUCCUACUACUCGGAAAAGUUUACCGAAACGGUUGCGGCUGCUUUUGGUGAGUUGAAGGAGAGCCUUGGCGACGCCUCAUUCCAGUUGAGUGGCUCAGAGCUGGCGCUGUCCAGUGAGUCGGCCGACGAGCUGGCCGUGGAGGACCUGUACAGUCAGAUUGAGCAGUUUGAUGAGCUGGCCGAUGUGCAAAUACCCGCCAAUAUGAAGAAGAAGAUGAUUGAGAAGAUGCAAAGGAAGCUGAAGAGCGACAAGGAGGCGCUGAAGUUUACACUAAACAAUGGCGAGACAGUACCGGAAACGGAUGACGGCCAGGCUCCGAUUGAGUUGAGCGAAGGAAGAUCCAUUGACCUGGUCAUUCCAAUUCGAGUCCAUCUCUUUGUACAGUUGGCCAACCAGACGUCGUUUCUCUUUAAGGCGUUCACCUCCUUACUCAGCAAAGUGCUGUCUCACUUUGAGAGGGCACUGCUUGCCAAUGCAACCGACUCCAGCGGCGCUCUCGCCAUUCCGCAAGUGUUUACCUUCUUCGAACCGACCACCUUCUGCCAUCCGAUCGUCGUCGUCUACGGCAACACCGCCGACCAGGAGGCGUUUAGAAGUGCUCGCGAAGCGCUUCACCUGCGAUACAUCAUUUCGCUGGAUAGGCCCACCUUCAAGACGGCCAAUCGGAUCGGCUGGGGCCGACCGACAAAGGACAGCAGCCUGGCGAACGUCCACCUGGGCCUGUCGUCCGGGCUGAAGCACGGCCAGCCGGUGACCGUCUCCGGGCGGUACCUCUACUUCCACUACAACCAACAGGGCGUGAGCGACUCCGGGUGGGGCUGUGCCUACCGCUCGCUGCAGACCAUCGUCAGCUGGUUCCAGCUGCAGGGCUACCUGGACAGCUCGGUUGACCGUGUACCGUCUCACCGGGCAAUUCAGCAGGCGCUGGUCGACGUGGGCGACAAGCCGGCCAGCUUCGUCGGCAGUAGCAAGUGGAUUGGCUCACAGGAGGUCUGCUACGUGCUUAGUCAGCUCUACCAGAUCGAGUCGAAGAUCAUCUUCGUCAGCUCGGGCGCCGAACUGGCGAAUAAGGGACGCGAGUUGAUGGCCCACUUUGCGCGGCACGGCACGCCGAUCAUGAUUGGCGGCGGAGUGCUGGCGCACACCAUCAUUGGCGUGCACUUUGAUGAGACCACGGGGGACAUCAAGUUUCUCAUUCUUGAUCCGCACUUCACCGGCGACGAUGACCUGUCGGUCAUUCAGAAGAAGGGCUGGUGUGGCUGGAAACCUCUCUCCUUUUGGGACAAGAACGCCUUCUACAACCUCUGUUUACCGCAAAAGCCAAUUACAUUUUAA